UUCAAUGUGUGAAAGUGAAAAUGACACCUGUUCCUCAAGAGAUUUAGAUUUUAAUGUAAACUCGCCUAAUGAAAAUUUGCUCUUCAAUGAUGCGACGUUAUACAACCAUUUGACUUCCUAUUCCAGUAACGUGCCCCCUAACGAUUUAUUUUCUAAUGAACCGCCGCCUAGCGAUUUGCAUUCGAAAUUGUCAAACUGGGCAGCUUCAAGGUACGUUCGACGUACAGUAGUUACUCAUCUCUUGCAUAUCUUGCAUCCAUACCAUAAUGAGUUACCGUUAGACAGUCGAACGCUGCUGAAAACGCCCAGAGAAACGAAAACAAAAUCGUUGUUAAAUGGCGAAUAUUGUCAUUUUGGACUUGUUAACGCUUUAAAAUUAAAGUUAUUGUCAGUGCCUAAUAUUUCUCAGUACAGCAUUAUCAACAUUUCAUUUAAUGUAGAUGGACUGCCCAUUUAUAGAAAUGGUCAGAAACAUGAUCUCUGGCCCAUUUUAGCACUUGUAAAAAAUUUUAAGAGUGAGCCGUUUGUUGUUGGUUCUUUUUUAGGAAGUGGCAAACCAAAUUUAUUGUCAGCGUUUUUAGAAGAUUUUUUAAUUGAGUUAUCGAACUUACUUACCACGGGCAUUGAAAUUAAUAAUAAUAUCCAUGAAGUAAAAGUUCACAGCUUUGUUUGCGAUGCUCCUGCGCGCGCAUAUCUGAAAUGUGUGAAGACCCAUUCAGGGUAUAGUUCCUGUGAAAGGUGCGACAACUCUGGAGAACACCUGGGACGUGUCAUUUUCAAAAAUUUACCUUUUAACAAGAGAGACAACGAAUCUUUUCGGACUAAAAUUGAUGUAUCUCAUCAUCAUGGAGAAUCCCCUCUAAUAGCUCUUCCUAUAGAUUUGAUCUAUGUCUUUUCUUUAGACUAUAUGCACCUAGUUUGUCUAGGUGUAAUGAAAAAACUUUUGCGUAUUUGGACAGGACGCGCAAGCCGAGCCAAAAUGAGCUCUACUGCAUUUCAAAAUGUAUCUGAAAAAAUUGUUUUUCUCAGUAAAUGUAUUCCAGUAGAAUUCAAUCGGAAAGGGCGCAGUUUGUCUCAGUUGGCAGAUUGGAAAGCAACGGAAUUUCGAACAUUUUUACUGUAUAUUGGGCCAGUUGCUUUGUAUGGGAAUGUCGAUUUGGCAAUAUAUGAGCAUUUUUUGCUAUUUCAUUGUUCAAUUAUGAUACUUAUUUCUAAACGCCAUAUUGAAAAAUUCGGAGUUCCAUUUGCGCGCCAACUUUUGCAUUUAUUCGUAACGCACAGUGAAAAGAUCUACGGAUUAGAGUUCUUAGUUUACAAUGUACAUUCCUUAUUACAUUUGGCAGAUGACGUUGAAAAUUUCGGGCCACUAGACAAUUCGUCAGCAUUUCCAUUUGAAAAUUAUCUCCACCAUUUAAAAUCGUUAGUUCAGUCUCCGAAUAAACCAUUACAACAGAUUAAUAGACGCUUAAAAGAAAUUGAAAUGACAGUGUACGAAAAACAUGACUCUACUUCACCUGAUGAUGAACACUUCUGUAAAUGUGAAUUGUCCCAUUUCUUAGGACCAACGCCAAAUUUCUCUUGCAAGCAGUAUAAAAAGCUUCAUUAUAAAGAUUUUAUUUUUUCUAUUGCAUCAUAUUCAGAAGCAAAUUGUUUUUGUCUUACCUUAGAAGGACUGGUUUUCAAAAUAGAAAAUAUAGUAGUGGAUAAUAAUGGAGCAGUUUUUAUAUUAGGUAGGAGGUUUCAGGAUUACCGUUCAUUUUACAAAUACCCUGUCGACUCAAAAGAAUUCUAUGUUUAUCGCAUCCAAAAUUUAUCAGAGUAUAUCGAGUUAUUGCACUGCCACAAAGUUUUUUCGAAAUGUAUUGUUUUUCCUUUCAAGCAGGAAUGGUUGUCAUUUUCAUUAUUGCAUCAUUAGUAAUUCCUUAUUUCAACUUUUAUGUUCUAUAAGUGUAAUAGUAUGUAGUUUUUUAAGAUUUUGUAAUAAACUGGUAUUAAUUUGAA